CUAGGCUGCUACGCACAACGUCAGUCUUGACCCAUCACUACGAUGUCUUACCUUCCAGUGAUUGCAGUCACAGCCGGCCUCGGUCUGUUGCUUGUUAUUAUCAACCACAUGAGAACCCGCAACAGCAAACCCUUCCCACCUGGACCCCCAGGGAUCCCAAUCCUUGGGAAUCUCCUCCAGAUCCCAACCAAAAAGUCAUGUGUUGAGUUUCAGAAGUGGAGCCGUGAAUAUGGCGACUCCUCGGACGGGCUUAUUGGUCUUCACCUCGGCCCCUGGUCCAAAACCAUCAUCCUGAACAAGGACAGGCAGGUCCGGGACCUUUUGGAGUCUCGCGGCACCGUCUAUGCCGGUCGCGGGCCCGUCGCCGUUAUGGACAGCAUGCGUUCGUGGAAACCGUCGGGCGUUCCAUUCGUGGGCAACUUCGCCUUUUCCCAAUACGACGACGAGCUCAAACGUGCGAGGAAAGCGUCACUCGAAUAUAUGCUACGCUCCGGGCAGGUCGAAAAACUGCUCCCGAUCCAGGACGCCGAAAGCACGCAAUUGGUUUGGGAACUGCUAAACCUCGAGGAUGAAGGUGCUGCGGCACCCGGAUCCUACAGCCUCUCCUUCUACCGCAUGUUUGGCGCCGUAGUCCUCGCAGCCGUCUACGGCAUUCGUGGCAAGGACAGCGCGCCCGAGUCGCCGCUCGGCAUGUUUGCAUCACUCGCCGAAGAGUUUAUCCCGCUUUUGGCCUUGACGUCGGCGCCGCCGCUGGAUAUCUUCCCCUUCAUCGCGUAUUUGCCCGAUAUUGUUAACCCCUGGCGCGGAUGGGUGGAAAAAGGUAAGAAAUUUACGCUCAAAUGGCAUCAUUUUUGGACAGAAUUCCACCGGCUCGGCCUGGAAACGGCCGGGCGCAAAACCAGCCGCGAGGGGGACGGAAUGCUCAAGCGGCUGGAUGGCAAGGGGUUUUCCGAAUCGGAAAUUCUCACAUUUGGGUCGACCAUGAUGAACGGCGGAGCCGAUACGACGGCCGUAACAUGUUUGAGCAUGAUUACGGCAUUUGUCAAGUACAGGGGUCUUCAGGAUCAGGCCAGGGCCGAGGUGGAUGGCGUUUUCGGGGAGGGUACCAUGCCUUCGGUGGAAAGAUUGAGUGAGCUACGCUUUUUAAAGGCGUGCUUUUAUGAGGCUAUUCGCUGGCGACCCCUGACGCCGCUCAUGACGCGCAAAGUCCGCGCAGAUCACAUAUAUGACGGCUAUUUCAUCCCGAAGAACACCACAGUACUUUACAACAUCUGGGCCAUGUCGCAUGACAGCGACGUCUUUGAGCGACCGGAAGAUUUUGUUCCCGCCCGAUAUAUGCCACAGGUCAGGGGCGCCGCCGACGUCCAACCUCUCCCGGUUUACGGAUUUGGGCAGGGGUUGAGGAAUUGUCCUGGUCAAAAAAUGGCCGAAUACUCGAUCAUUUUGGUAAUGGCAAAGAUCCUCUGGUCGUUUGAAAUCACGGCACCGGAUGGGGAAAUCGACACCAGCGUCGAAACAGGGUAUGAUGACGCGUUUUUGAUGACGCCGCACCCGACCAAGUUGAGGUUUCGGUUGCGGAGCAAGGCCCGGGGUGAAGUUUUGCAGGUAGAGUGGAAGAAAGCGAACGAGUGGUUAUCAAGAUUCGAAUAGGUCAAGAGGGGUUUGGUACUUUUGAAGGGCAGUCAUUUGAGUCGGACAAAAAAUGCUGUGUGCAUCGUGAUAAUGGCAGUAAUUUCCAAUAGCUUAUGGAAGCUUUUGGGCAAGGUUGUUGAAACUGGAGGAAAGGCUUCCUUUGAAACACCCAGGAGUCCAGCUAGUCGUUCAGUUGACGUGGGCGUUUAGUUCAGAUAUAUAGCUGCCACCAUUCUACGAAGUACAGGCUGAGCGAAUUUUUGAGUUACAAUUGGCCUGGGCGGCCUGUCGCUCGUAAAGCGAUAAUAGCUGGAAGACGGUCUCGCAGCGAGGUGGAUUGGGGUCUGUAUUUGUUACAGAACGCACCCGUCUCUUUCAAGUCACUUUCCUGAAU